AUGGGGACGCUUCAAUUAGACUCGAGACUCAAGCUCCAUGAUGGAAACAGAAUACCAGUUGUCGGUUUUGGCACCUAUGAGCUGGAUGGCGUGGAUGCGUACAAUGCUGUUACGUGGGCACUAGAGAUUGGUUAUCGUCAUAUCGACUCUGCCGAGUGGUAUGAAAACGAAAAAGAAUACGGUCAGGCUAUUCUCAACUUCUGUCGCAAGGCAAAAGUGCCAAGAUCUAGUAUAUUUUUUACCACGAAGCUAAAGAUGAAUCGGGGGUAUGCCCAAUCAAAGAACGCCAUUCGACGGUCCCUGGAUGCUUGCGGAUUAGGCUACAUUGACCUGUAUCUGAUUCACGGCCCCCUUGGCGGUCCACAAGCGCGAAAGGACAGUUGGCGAGCUAUUUGUGACGCACAAAAGGAGGGUCAUCUGAAAAGCAUCGGCAUUAGUACCUUCGGGAUCCGGCAUAUCCAAGACCUUCUAGACGAAGGACUCCCAGUGCCGACGGUUCAUCAGAUCGAUUUGCAUCCGUUUCAGGUCCGAGGCGACAUUGUAGCGUUUUGCAAAAAGCAUAACAUUGCUCUCGAGGCUUGGGCACCUCUCGUUAGAGGCUUACGAUUCAAUCAUCCUCUGAUCAAAUCUCUGGCUAGGAAAUACCAAAAAGAGUCUGCUCAGAUUCUGCUUCGCCAUUCAUUACAGAAGGGAUACGUGCCUCUUCCAAAGUCUUCGUCGAAGGCGCGCAUAUUAUCAAACACGAACAUAUUCGAUUUCGAUUUGACUGAUGAUGAGAUUAGCAGUCUCGAUGGUCUCGAUGAAGGUCUUGUGACGGAUUGGGACCCAACCACCUGCCCGUAACAGAGUGUUUUUCCUGGAAGCAACACGAAGCCUUUGCGCAUCGCGUUGAUGUAUGAUAAUCGUGGAGAUCAUUCUGCAAGGCCUGUUUGCUGGCUGCCAGAGAUUGGUUCGUUCCUGGAAGAACGAUCCGAGUGUGCAAGUGGACGUUUCUUUUACGUGAACGACAUAUGUGCUGUACAUGACCGUCACGGCCCUUUACUCUUCUCCGUCAACAGAGACCUUGUACUGCUAGCGAAGACCGCAAGGACAUGGAGCAUGAAUAGUAUCGGAUACCUUUGCCCCCCUUGGGAAUGCCCUUUCCGCGCCAAGACAGAUCCCGCUCCAGUCGAGGUCUGAUCAUAAUCUUUUCUUCUAAACAUCAAUUUGAAGGGUCUGAUAAAUGGGCAAACUUCUAGGCACAGCUACACCUCUUAUCGGAGAUACGGUUACCGGUUGAAAUUUCUCCGA